UCGGUCGAGAGUGCGGUGUCAACGGUAUAUAGUACGCGCGCGUUCGCUGCUGCAGUUUCGUGUACGGCGCGGAGUCACGUCGAACACGGUCGCCGUCGUCGUCGCCGCGAACAGGGUUACCGGGUCAACCGUACAUACCGCGUCGGUAACACGACAAUAUUAUAUUAAUAUUAUGUGCAAGCGGCGUUAGGGUGAUAUGCGUCUCGAGCGGGUAUUGUGUGUACCGCGUAAAGUCGUUGCGACGUGAUCCGCGAGAACUGCUGCAGUGCACUCGACACGUAUGACGUAGACUCUCUCGUCGUCUCGUUCCCGGUACUUACACGAUCAAUCGUGUCUUGACCGCCGCACGGGCCAACAGACAGUAUAGUCCUGCUGCAGCUGCUGUCCUCUCUUACCUCGCAUCGGCCCGAAAGUCCCGCGUCGGCGAUAUGAUUUCGAACGCGGACGUACGGCAUCGUCUUAUUGUUCAUACGGCCAGUUUAAAGAUACUCGAGUGAUGAAGGUCGAAAACAGCGAUGUGCCCACCAUAUUCAACCCGCGGAAGCCUAGACUUUCGCAAAGUAACGCCGUGCUCACGUCAGACCACAGGCCUUAUGGUCCUUUCUCGCAUGUGCUGUCUAGAAGUGAAUCUCUGUGUCAGCCCGAAGAUGUGGAACAGGUCGAACAGUGCCAGCGGAGGCAGUUGGGUGUGUUCAAAAGGCUGAAGAACAAAUGUUGUUCGAAACAUGCGAGGAAGGUAUAUUACGGUUUGUGCGUCACUUUCUUCGUCACCGCGUCUUGGGUGGGCGCCACGCACGCCAUCAAGUACCUGUACAUGUACCACCCGACAAAAUAUCCGGUGCUUACAGGCAGCGGGUUUAAUUUUUCGUCCAUACAUCAGCAAACGCUGAUGACGUACAACGCGCCGUUCUUCACGACGUGGUUUUGCACGAACUGGACGGUGCUGUUCUUCCCGCUGUACUUUUUCUGUCAGCUGGGCAGCCCCAACUACCAGACGCCCACGGACAUCCUCGGCGAGAGCGUGCGCAACUUCCGGGACCGCGGGUUCACCGCCGCUCACUUCCUGACCAGGUGCUGCAUGUUCUGCAUGCUGUGGGUGUUCACCAACUACCUGUACAUACACGCGCUCAGCAUACUCGUGGCCACCGACGCCCUGGCCCUGUUCGCCAUCAACGUGUGCUGCGUGUACCUGCUGUCUUGGGUCAUACUCCACGAUCAGUUCGUCGGCGUCCGGAUUGUGGCUGUCAUCCUGUGCAGUACAGGGGUGGCUUUACUCGCCUAUAUGGACGCCGGUAUUACGAACAAAAAGAAGACAAUGACCGGGGUUCUAUUAGCGGCUUUAGCUGCAGCCGGGUCAGCAGUAUAUAAAGUGAUGUUCAAAAAAAUGAUCGGCGAUGCUACUUACGGUCAAGUUUCGCUAUUUUUUUCGCUCAUAGGUCUGUUGAACGCCGCGCUCCUCUGGCCAGUGUGUUUAGUUUUGUACUUCUCCGAAGUCGAAAUACUUCAUUGGGACCGUUUGCCUUGGAUGAUAUUAUUAUCGGCCAGCACACUGUCAUUGGUCGCUAACUUACUGGGAAAUCUGAGCGUUGCGUUCACUUACGACAUUUUCAUUACGUUUGGACUAAUCACCGCGGUUCCCGUAUCUGCAGCCAUUGACAUAACCAUACAUGAUGUACAGUUUUAUGGUAUGAAACUUGCUGGCAUCAUACUUAUAUCGAUCGGUUUCUUACUGGUCAUGUUUCCUAACAACUGGCCAGAAUACAUUUUCCGAUUGCUCAGGAAUAUAAUACUACUGAGUCAUAGCGCUAGGUGGAGCCGGAAGAACCGGGGAAUACCACCGAACCCCCCCAAAGUGGAAAUCGACUACCGGACCGGAUACAUCAGGUCGCAUUUGCGAUCUCCGUCGGGUCGGGUAAGGUGACCGACCACUGUGGUUAGUGCCAUUGCCGCCGUUCGAGCAUCACACCAUCCGCGGACGUCAACCGCAACGUUAUCCGUCGCUAUCGAUAAAUUAUUGGCCGGAAAACGUUGUUAUAAUAAUAAUAAUAAUAAUAAUAAUAAUUGUCAUAAAAAUUAUUCGUCGCGCGUGGACGUCGCCACAGUAUUGCGAAUGUUCCGAUUUCAUUUCUUUAGCCGUUUUACUUCGAUAUAAUGUAUACAUAAUUUGACAUAAACGAUAUUUUCUUAUAGAGACAGUGUUUGAAUAAUUAACAUCGGUUUAUACGAGUGAACCUCCACUUCGAGUCAAUAUAUAGUCAAUACACGUAUAUUAUACUAUAAUUUGAUUGUGUGAUAAUCAAAAUUUUUGGAAUCAGAUACAUUUUAUUAUUAUUCCAAUUCAAGCGCACUUUAGAAACAUAACAUUAAGACAUAUCCGUACGGCAGACUAGUAAUACCUAAUAUAUGAUAUAAUAUUACUUGUUAUUCGUUGACAUUUUUGUAAAAUACGUUCGUGUUUUGUGUAUAUUGCGUAUAAUACAUACCUACUGUAUUACGUACAAUUGUUAUUAUUAUCAUUAUUAUUAGGUACCUAUAUGUAGAUAAUGUUUGUCAACCGACAACAGAAUUGAACAAAAAUUUACAAUUUUUCUUGUUUCUUAUGUUUAAUUUAAAAAUUAAAAGUACUCGCGUAUUCGUAUUAUAUAUAGGUAUUAUUACAUAUUAUUAUCUGUAUAAAAUCACGAUAAUGUAAUUUGUAAUGUGUUUCAAAAUGUAUACUUACCUAUACCACGAUGGCGCGUAUUUAUAACAGAUUGCAAGAAACAUCUUGUGGAUUAAAAGACGAAUAUAUCCGUCCACGAGCAAUACCAUGAUA